AUGGAUUCCCCCAAGCAAAUCCUCAACCAGCUUCCCGGCGGCUUUGAAUUCCGCCUCCAAGUGAUCAACGAUGGCGAGUUCGAUAACCAGUGGGCUGAUGACCUGCGGGCCAGAAAGGCGGCCGUCGUCAAGGCAAAUGUGCUCCAUCGGGCGUUUGGUUCCCCUGUCAUCCGGUGUUUCGUGGCAAGCGGCUUUGACGGAUUACUUUACGCUGGCUCUGCCAUGACCGAGACCCUCAAGAACAAGCCGUUCAUCGUCCGCAAGAAGACCGCUGAGAGAACCGAGGAACGAACCGACCAGCACACCAGCGGCGGCUAUUGGAUUCCCUUUGAUGUGAACUCUAUCGAUUAUCCUACACCAAGAACCGACAGCCGUACAUCGCCGCGCGACUACACCCGGGAGGAAAACUGCCAGUUCAUCAUUAACAUGUACGACCUGGCUACGGAUACACUGAUAUUGAUCCCGCGCCCGUUGAUCCACCUCACGACCAAGCCGACACAGCGACCUGAUCAUAUGAUGCUUGCAAGCAGGAUCCCUCCUGGACUCGCCCACUUAGCAUUUCCAGCCUACCGACUACCGGAAGCACUGGAGAACGUAAGGCAAGCAGCAAUUUCUACAGGGGUGUAUGUAAACCCCCACAGCGGCGUCAAGGUUCCAUUCAAGCCUAAGCUCUUCAAGCUUGCGGAAGUGAACUACAGACACAUCAGCACCACUAGUCCCGUCCCAGCUGUCCGCGGUUUCAGUAUCCUUUCCGAGGCCAUAGAGAUGUCUCAGAAAAGGGGAGAAGGAUACUAUCUUGACCUUAAUCCGUGCCAGCCCCUCGGGUGUGACGCUAUAAUUCGUAGGUUCGGGAAGGUCGAAUGGGCUGUGGAGAUCAAGCUUCGAUCGAACAUAGAAGCCGGAUCUUCGCUUGUUCUUCACUACGAUGUCGAUGCGAUGGGAUGUGGGGACCCUACGGCACCAUUCGGCGUAUGGAACUUUCUCAUGUUGUACGAUCAGGAUGAGGAGCUUUGUUACUGGAUCCCCAGAGACAAGAUGAGGCUGGAAUGGUCUCCCGCCUUGCUGGGAUGCAACGGUCCCGGGGUCAUUCGCAUACCAAAGCAGGAUUUGGCAGAUUUCCGGGUAAAUUGCCACGAUUCGGAUUGGUUCUCCUAUGUCUUUGACAGGAUCAUUCUGCCCAACAAGCAUGUUCCUUGCGACACGCACCCUAGUUUGGAGCAAAUAGCCGAAGCGAGAUCCAACCCCAACUUUGACUUUGUCACUCCUGACAAGGUCGACCCUGAUGGAGUUAAAGAAGCGAGCAAGGCGAUGGAGGUUCCCGGCCAUGGUCGAUCCCCGGUCUUUAACCCAGCCUAUCCAUUUCGGUAG